AUGGCAAACUACGACCUGACACCACGAAUCGCUCCCAAUCUGGAUCGGCACCUGGUAUUCCCACUGCUGGAGUUCCUACAAGAGCGCGCACUGUACCCAGACGAACUCAUACUUAAAGCGAAGAUCGAACUGCUCAACAACACGAACAUGGUCGACUACGCCAUGGACAUCCACAAGUCUCUCUACCACACAGAAGACGUUCCUCAAGAUAUGAUUGAGAGGAGGGUUGAAGUGGUGGCAAGGUUGAAGGCUUUGGAGGAGGCGGCUGCACCAUUGAUCUCAUUCUUGCAGAACCCAAAUGCUGUUCAGGAGUUGAGGGCUGAUAAGUCGUACAAUCUUCAGAUGCUCAAUGAUCGAUACCAGAUUGGUCCCGAGCAGAUAGAGGCGUUAUAUCAUUACGCCAAAUUCCAGUUUGAAUGUGGAAACUACUCUGGUGCUGCUGAUUAUCUGUAUCAAUACUGGGGCUUAUGCACAAACAGUGAAAGGAGUUUGAGUGCAUUAUGGGGGAAGCUAGCAGCUGAGAUUUUGAUGCAAAACUGGGAUAUUGCACUUGAAGAACUUAACCGGUCGAAGGAAAUUAUUGACUCAAAGAAUUUCUCAUCUCCUCUGAAUCAAGUACAAAACAGAAUUUGGCUAAUGCAUUGGAGUCUCUUCAUCUUCUUCAACCAUGACAAUGGCAGAACACAAAUCAUUGACCUGUUUAAUCAGGACAAGUACUUAAAUGCCAUUCAAACGAAUGCUCCCCAUCUUUUGCGUUACCUGGCUACUGCAUUCAUUGUCAACAAACGCAGGAGACCUCAAUUUAAAGAUUUUAUAAAAGUUAUUCAACAAGAGCAGUACUCUUGUGAAGAUCCCAUCACACAGUUUUUGGCAUGUGUAUUUGUCAAUUAUGACUUUGAUGGGGCUCAGAGAAAGAUGAGAGAGUGUGAGGAAGUAAUACUGAAUGAUCCAUUCCUUGGAAAACGAGCCGAAGAAGGCAACUUUUCAUCUGUUCCAUUGAGGGAUGAGUUCCUUGAAAAUGCACGUCUUUUCAUUUUUGAGACCUACUGCCGAAUUCAUCAGCGCAUUGACAUGGGUGUGCUUGCAGAGAAACUAAAUUUGAAUUAUGAGGAGGCAGAGAGAUGGAUUGUGAAUCUUAUCCAAACCUCCAAGCUUGAUGCUAAGAUUGAUUCUAAGACAGGAACCAUUGUGAUGGAACCUAAUCACCCCAACGUGUAUGAGCAGCUUAUUGACCACACUAAGGCACUCUCUGGGCGCACUUACAAACUAGUUAGUCAGCUUCUGGAACAUGCUCAGGCACCGUCUGCUCGAUAAGUUUGGCAGUGAUGUUGCUAUUUAAUGUCAGUUUUGACAUUCUCAAAUCGUUUUUUGUUAAGAUAUUUACAUAAGGGCAAAAUGUUUGAUGUUUUUCUUUUCUUAAAUUUUUGAAAAAGAAAAUAUGAAAAUUCAUAAAUUUGUGAAGAUAUUCUAGUUAAUAUUCUCAAGUUGUCUGAUCAGUUGUUUACAUGGAGUUCUUUAGAUUUUGUUGAUGUUGGAAUUGUGUCCUGGUAAUUUGUUGUUCUCUUUUGUACUCCUGAGAGAUUUUUUCUGGAAUGCCACA